GUUAUUGAGUCAGUGCCUUGAAAGAAGUACUUUCAGUUUCAUUAGGCUCUGAAGCCAUCACAAAGGUUGCUUAACUUCUAACUAUUUGAUCACUGAGGAAAAUCCAGAAAGCUACGCAACACUGGAGGGGUGAAAUAAAAGUCCAGCGAUCCAGUGAAAGAAAAGAGAAGUGACAGAAACAACUUUACCUGGACUGAAGAGAAAAGCACAGACAAGAGAACAACGCCCUGGACAUGGCUCCAGAGAUACACAUGACAGGCCCAAUGUGCCUCAUUGAGAACACUAACGGGGAACUGGUGGCGAAGCCAGAAGCUCUGAAGAUCCUGUCUGCCAUUACACAGCCUGUGGUGGUGGUGGCAAUUGUGGGCCUCUACCGCACAGGAAAAUCCUACCUGAUGAACAAGCUGGCUGGGAAGAAUAUGGGCUUCUCUAUGGGCUCCACAGUGGAAUCUCACACCAAAGGAAUCUGGAUGUGGUGUGUGCCUCACCCCAAGAAGCCAGAACACACCCUAGUCCUGCUUGACACUGAGGGCCUGGGAGAUGUAAAGAAGGGUGACAACCAGAAUGACUCCUGGAUCUUCGCCCUGGCCAUCCUCCUGAGCAGCACCUUCGUGUACAACAGCAUGAGAACCAUCAACCAGCAGGCCAUGGACCAACUGCACUAUGUGACAGAGCUGACACAUCGAAUCCGAUCAAAAUCCUCACCUGAUGAGAAUGAGAAUGAGGAUUCAGCUGACUUUGUGAGCUUCUUCCCAGACUUUGUGUGGACACUGAGAGAUUUCUCCCUGGACUUAGAAGCAGAUGGACAACCCCUCACAGCAGAUGAGUACCUGGAGUAUUCCCUGAAGCUAACACAAGGUACCAGUGAAAAAGAUAAAAAUUUUAAUCUGCCCCGACUCUGUAUCUGGAAGUUCUUCCCAAAGAAAAAAUGCUUUGUCUUUGAUCGCCCCGUUGACUGCAAGAAGCUUGCCCAGCUCGAGAAACUACAUGAUGAAGAGCUGGACCCCGAAUUUGUGCAACAAGUAGCAGACUUCUGUUCCUACAUCUUUAGUAAUUCCAAAACUAAAACUCUUUCAGGAGGCAUCAAGGUCAACGGGCCUCGUCUAGAAAGCCUGGUGCUGACCUAUAUUGAUGCUAUCAGCAGUGGGGAUCGGCUCUGCAUGGAGAACGCAAUCCUGGCCUUGGCCCAGAGAGAGAACUCAGUUGCAGUGCAAAAAGCCAUUGCUCACUACGACCAGCAGAUGGGCCAGAAGGUGCAGCUGCCCACGGAAACCCUCCAGGAGUUGCUAGACAUGCACAGAGUCAGUGAGAGGGAGGCCACUGAAGUAUUUAUGAAGAACUCUUUCAAGGAUGUGGACCAUCUGUUUCAAAAGAAAUUAGCGGUAAUUUUUCUAUCACGUUUACAUGGAUUUGGAUUUUGGAAGGUCCAGCUAGAAAAAAAGCGGGAUGACUUUUAUAAACAGAAUCAGGAAGCAUCAUCAGAUCGUUGCUCAGCUUUACUUCAGGACAUUUUCAGCCCUCUAGAAGAAGAAGUGAAGAUGGGAAUUUAUUCAAAACCAGGGGGCUAUUGUCUCUUUAUUCAGAAGCUACAAGACCUGAAGAAAAAGUACCAUGAGGAACCGAGGAAGGGGAUACAGGCUGAAGAGAUUCUGCAGACAUACUUGAAAUCCAAGGAGUCUGUGACUGAUGCAAUUCUACAGACAGACCAGAUUCUCACAAAAAAGGAAAAGGAGAUUGAAGUGGAACAUGUAAAAGCUGAAUCUGCACAGGCUUCAGCAAAAAUGGUGGAGGAAAUGCAAAUAAAGUAUCAGCAGAUGAUGGAAGAGAAAGAGAAGAGUUAUCAGGAACAUGUGAAACAAUUGACUGAGAAGAUAGAGAGGGAGAGGGCCCAGUUGCUGGAAGAACAAGAGAGGACCCUCACUAGUAAACUUCAGGAACAGGCCCAACUACUGAAGGAGAGAUGCCAAGGUGAAAGUACCCAACUUCAAAAUGAGAUACAAAAGCUACAGAAGACUCUGGGAAAAAAAACCAAGAGAUAUAUAUCCCAUAAGCUAAAGAUCUAAACAACAGAGCUUUUCUGUCACCCUGACCCAAGGCAUAACUGAAACAAUUUUAGAAUUUGGGACAAGUGUCACUAUAUUUGAUAAUAAUUAGAUCUUGCAUCAUAACACUAAAAGUUUACAAGAACAUGCAGUACAAUUAUUGAAACCAUGUUUUUUCCUUAAAAAGAUUGCAAAUUGUGCAACAAAGAUUGCAUUUACCUCUGUACCAACAGAGGAGGGGUCAUGAGUUGCUGCCAUUCAGAAGUUUAUUCUUCCAGAUGACCAGUGGAUACUGAGGAAAGUCUUAGGUAAAAAUCUUGGGACAUAUUUGGGCACUGGUUUGGCCAAGUGUACAAUGGGUCCCAAUAUCAGAAACAACCAUCCGAGCUUACUAGGGAAGACAGUGUACAGUUCUCCAUUAUAUCAAGGCUACAAGGUGAUUUCUGGACAUUGCCCAGGGAUAAUUCUCACUGACAGAUCUCAAGCUAAAGCAAACCACCUUAUACAAAAUCUAGAAUCUUAUAUUUUCCAUAGGAAGGUAAAAGAAAUCAUUAGCAUUGAGUAGGAAUUGAAUCAUAAACAAAUGGGCUAUGAAGAAAUCUUUUCUUUCUUCUUCAGUUCAUCUGGAUUAUAACCUUACUGUGACACUUUAGACCUUUAGACAGUUGACACUGAAUUAAAUAAUCACAUGAUAAUAAUUAUUCAUUGUGUAAUUUUAGUAAUGUAUAACUUGCAAUGAUACACUGGAUGAUAGAGAAUACAUCAGAAAAUUGAACUAACUUAAUUAUUUGAUUGUUUUAAUCUUAAAGCAUAGGCUAGUUUUUUCCUAAUUCUUAAAGGUCAUACUUGAAAUCCUGCCAAUUUUCCCCGAAGGGAAUAUGGAAUUUUUUUUACUUUUUUCAACAAUAAAAUAAUUAUCUUGUUAUUACUUAGUAUAUGUAGACUUCAUCCCCAUUGUCAAAAGUCCUAGGUAAGUGGUUGACAUUUCUUACAGCAAUUACAGAUUAUUUUUGAACUAGAAAUAAACUAACCUAGAAAUAAAAUAA